GUCAGAAGAAGAAGAAGAAGGAGUUGUGUACCGCAGUGACGCGUCAGAUGGUUUGUGAACAGGUCCUGUCGAUAAUUAAGUAUCUUAAAUGGUGUGCAUUCUCGUGUAGUCGCGGUUUAAAAUGAAAUUAUGUUGCCUGUAUUGAAGCCACUGCAGAGCUAGCUGACAUUACUGCAGGAGCGCGACAUGAACAUGGCAUCCAAAGGAAAGAAGAAAAUGGUUCUGCCAACUCGACCUGACCCGCCUUCAGUGGACCAGAUCAUCGAGGACAUAAAUCGAGCCGAGUCCAAUGAUCCGGUCUUCAGGUUUUUACAAAUCCCCAAUGAAGGAUUACCCACCAAUGAAGCGGAGGCCCGCUACGUGCAAAGCCGGCACUACCUGGAGCUGAACGAGAGGCUACAGGAGGCUCGCAUUGACCUAACAAGGAGAAGAGAUGAGCUCAGGAUGGUGGGGGAGUCUUUAGAACAAAGUGUGGCAGCGGUGAAGGGCAGAGCUCUCUGACUGAUCAUGUGCUCCUGGGGACUUCUUACUUCUUGGUAUUGACUUACCACAUGAAAUGGUUUAUAUGGGGACUUGAUUGUCUUUGGAAAUACUUUGGAGCCUGAGUCAGUGCACUGACGAUAUCCUGUUGCAUGUAAAGACAUUUUGAAGUCCACCAUGGCCUGUAUGACAUUUCCAGCAAAUAUACCAGGCCCAAAGGCAGCUUUGAAAAAAAAAUAAAGUUGUUCAUCUUCA